UCUGGGGCAGAGUACGGAAAGCAGGAGGGUCAAAUUACCAAUGUUUGGAGCCUGGUUUCCAGGUUGGUGUUUUGGGGGGCUCUGGGUGUGGCAGUUGCCGAAGCUGAAAUCUGCUGGACCAUGUCGGCUUUCGAGAAGCCUCAGAUCAUCGCCCAUAUCCAGAAGGGCUUCAACUACACAGUGUUUGACUGUAAGUGGGUGCCCUGCAGCGCCAAAUUUGUGACCAUGGGCAACUUCGCACGGGGCACCGGCGUCAUUCAGCUGUACGAGAUCCAGCACGGGGACCUGAAGCUGCUUCGGGAGAUUGAAAAGGCCAAGCCUAUUAAAUGUGGAACAUUUGGUGCAACAUCUUUACAGCAGAGAUAUUUAGCUACUGGAGAUUUUGGUGGAAACGUUCAUAUAUGGAAUUUAGAAGCUCCAGAGAUGCCAGUAUAUUCUGUAAAGGGCCAUAAAGAAAUUAUAAAUGCAAUAGAUGGUGUAGGUGGACUAGGAAUUGGAGAAGGAGCACCUGAAAUUGUGACUGGCAGCCGCGAUGGAACUGUGAAGGUGUGGGACCCAAGGCAAAAAGAUGAUCCUGUUGCUAAUAUGGAACCUGUACAAGGAGAAAACAAGAGAGACUGUUGGACUGUGGCAUUUGGCAAUGCUUAUAAUCAAGAAGAACGUGUUGUUUGUGCUGGCUAUGACAAUGGGGAUAUCAAACUAUUUGAUCUCAGAAAUAUGGCAUUACGGUGGGAGACAAACAUCAAAAACGGGGUAUGUAGCUUGGAGUUUGACAGAAAAGACAUAAGUAUGAAUAAGUUAGUAGCCACUUCUCUGGAAGGAAAGUUCCAUGUUUUUGACAUGAGAACACAGCAUCCAACCAAAGGUUUUGCCUCUGUUUCAGAAAAGGCUCAUAAAUCUACUGUAUGGCAGGUCCGACACCUGCCGCAGAACAGGGAGCUCUUUCUGACAGCUGGGGGCGCCGGCGGCCUUCACCUCUGGAAGUAUGAAUACCCUAUUCAGCGGUCAAAGAAAGAUUCUGAGGGAAUAGAGAUGGGAGUCGCAGGUUCUGUAAGCCUUCUGCAGAAUGUUACAUUGUCCACCCAGCCCAUUUCAAGUUUGGAUUGGAGUCCAGAUAAAAGGGGCCUCUGCGUCUGUAGCUCAUUUGACCAAACGGUGAGAGUGCUGAUUGUUACGAAACUCCAUAAAAUUUGACUUCAAGACUAGACUUGAAACCUUCCAGAGGAACUCUCAUAGAGUUUAAGAUAUGUUCUGGGAUCCUCUGACCAUCAUUGAAUAAAGCUGGAUUUGGCCUAUGACAAAAGGCCCCAGACACAAGCCUCUGGGCUAGCUGCAGCCUCUACCCGGGUGUGUUUGCCGACUUACUUGCUGCUGCACAUGGGUGUCAGAAGCACCAAGUAAACUAUCUCCGGGGCCACUUCCUUUCUUCUCCCUUCCAUUUGUAAGUCAGUAGUUGUCUAUAAUUAAACAUAUUUUAAAUGUGUUCUAUGUCCCUGAAGUUCCAUAUUUUAUCUUUAUGCUUGUGUUUGUUUUACUGUCUAUAAUGUUGUGGUGGGAAUAAUUUCAUUUGUUUUAGAGUUUGCCUUGGAAAAAAAUUGAAUUAACUUCAUAAAUACAUUUUGGGAGAUUUCAUUGUCAGUAAGUUUCUGGACAUAAUAUUAUUGUAUAAAAUAUCAAAAUGGCACUGUUGGUCUAGGUUUGGGUAAUUAUUUUCAGCAAUUUAAUUCAUAAAAUGAAAUGCUAUGAUUUAUAAAGAGUGCUUUUUUAUGUAAAAUACAAAAAUUGAAUUGGUGAAACUUUUGGUUAUUGACUGGUAAGUGAUGGUGAAAUGUACAAGAUUGUAGGGGUUUUGUAGUCUUAUUUUUGGUCAAACUUUAUAAAUGCAUUUUAUGAAUAAACUUCUGUUUUUGAAAUCUACAGAAGCUUUGAUUCUGUUACCUUAACAGUAGUAAUAAAGUUAACAUUGUCACAUCAUUUUGCUUUAUAAAUGCUUAAUUAGUA